AUGUCGCUGCCGCGCCGCUCGUACGACCCGCGCCGCGUGUGCCUGCUGCCGCUGCCGCCGCUGCCCGCCUUCAUCCGCACCAACAAGCGCACGCUCGGCAUCUACCUCUCCGGCGCCGCCUUCGCCCUCGGCUGGUGGGUCUUCCUCGACGCCGUGCUGCUCAGCAGCAUCUCGAUGCGCGCGCCGCCCGAGGACGAGCCGUGGAGCCCGCCGGCGACGAGCAUGGGCUUCAGCGACUGGCUGCCCGGCCUCUGCGCCACGCUCGGCAUGAUCGUCGUCAACCUCAUCGACAAGCAGCUGCUCGGCGACGCCGGCGGCACGUUUGCCUUUGGCGGCGGCAGCGGCGGCGGCUGGGGCGAGGGCGGCGUGCAGUGGCGCGCGCGCAUGUUCCUCUUCGUCGGCUUUGCCCUCCUCGCCGGCGGCCUCGCGGGCAGCUUCACGGUGCUCACCGUCAAGUACCUCGUGCCCGUGCUGCCGCCGGGGUACGAGUACUACGGCGUCGCCAACGUGGCGCAGAACGGCGCGCUCAUGCUCAGCACCAUCCUGCUCUGGAUGAGCCAGAGCGCCGAGGGCGAGUACGAGUACCAGCUGCACAUCUGA